AUGGUAAUUUAGCAUCGAGCUACGCUGCACUGCGUUUACUGACACUGUAACGGCCGUCACGCUGCACGGUCGCCUUUCGUUUCAGCCUCCCGACACGACGUUCCUUCACAUCGAAAAGUAAACAGGAACAGCGGCUGAGUUCGUUCCUACAGUUUAUGAAGCUAAAACUGUUAGCAUCACUUUAUUUAUCUUCAGAAUGAACGUACCCAAAACCGGUUACCGUGUCUUCUCUGCUAAUUCUACUGCAGCUUGUACCGAACUGGCUAAAAAGAUAACUGAGCGUCUAGGUGUGGAACUUGGCAAGUCUGUCGUGUGCCAGGAGGGUAACAGAGAGACCACAGUUGAUGUCAAAGAGUCUGUACGAGGCCAAACCAUCUUUAUUAUCCAGACCAUUCCUAGAGAUGUUAACACCGCGAUCAUGGAGCUGCUCAUUAUGGCCUAUGCACUCAAGACCUCCUGUGCCAAAAACAUCAUUGGUGUCAUUCCAUAUUUUCCCUAUAGCAAGCAGUGCAAGAUGAGGAAAAGAGGAUCCAUAGUAUGUAAACUGUUGGCGUCCAUGCUAGCCAAAGCAGGUCUGACACACAUCAUCACCAUGGACCUGCAUCAGAAAGAGAUUCAGGGUUUCUUCAGUUUUCCAAUAGACAACCUGCGUGCUUCUCCAUUCCUUCUACAGUACAUCCAGGAAGAGAUCCCUGAUUACAGAAAUGCAAUUAUUGUUGCAAAGUCUCCAUCUGCUGCUAAGAGGGCACAGUCAUAUGCUGAGAGGCUGCGUCUGGGUCUGGCUGUUAUUCACGGCGAGGCUCAAUGCUCUGAAUCUGACAUGGCUGAUGGGCGACACUCUCCUCCCUGCGUCCGCAACACCUCAGGCCACCCUGGACUUGAGCUGCCAUUAAUGAUGGCGAAGGAGAAACCACCAAUCACUGUAGUGGGAGAUGUAGGAGGACGCAUCGCUAUCAUUGUUGAUGACAUCAUAGAUGAUGUGGAAGAUUUUGUGGCAGCGGCGGAGAUCCUGAAGGAGAGAGGAGCCUAUAAGAUUUACAUCAUGGCCACACAUGGCUUGCUGUCUGCCGAUGCUCCACGCCUCAUUGAGGAGUCCGCUAUAGACGAGGUGGUGGUAACCAACACCGUCCCACAUGAAGUGCAGAAGCUGCAAUGUCCGAAGAUCAAAACAGUGGAUGUGAGCAUGAUCCUGGCAGAAGCCAUCCGUCGCAUCCACAAUGGCGAGUCCAUGGCUUACCUCUUCCGUAACAUCACUGUAGACGAUUAGGCUUAGCUUUAAGCUCGUCUCUUCCAGAAUAGAGGAUUGCUUCCUCUUCUUCUGCAUGUGCUAGAAGUGCCAAUAUUCAAAAUAUAAAAUUCUUUAAAUCUGAUAUACACAACCUGACAGGAUUGUUUAAUGGAAGAUGAAAUCGAUGUAAAUGGUUUCAAUAUUAUUCACUACUUGAAGCAGUUUGGCUUGAAUGGGCAUCAGUACCUAAUAUACCUAAUAAGAUCUUUAAUGUACUGCUAUCUGCCAAACGAAGGCAUUUUGUCAAAAUUAAUGUCUAUAUGUCCAUAAGCACAACAUGGACCAAACAUUUUUAAUUCAGGCUUGUGGUGUAUUUUAGACGAACUGUUUCAGAAAUUAGUUUGAUAAAUCAUUGAGCCCAAGUGACCCAAAUCUGUAAGUGGUGUAAUUUCUGAUGUUGUUUCAGAAUGCUUUGUGUCCACUCACUGAGUGCUUAUCCCUUUGGUACAUACAUUAAUAGAUUAUUUCAUAAGCUUCACCUACCAGACAGAUAAACUUUGUGGGUAAAAAAAUACACACUUAUUAAUCAAAAGGAAUCCCCAUCUCAGCCAGCCCUGGUGCAUAUUGUUCAUGUCAGUUCGAGCUUCAGUGGAUGUUUAAUUUGACGUGGAAAUUUGAUCUGCCUUGAAAUAGAAAUGAAGGAAAUUUAAGUGUAAAGAUGUUUAGGAAUGUAUGUAAUAUAUACCAAUAGAAGAAUUAUUUGUUAUUAUUACAAUAAUAAUUUAGUAAGUCAAUAAAUUUAAAUCUCUGGCCAGAAAUGGUGUGCUGCUUAAAAGCAGGUGGAGUUUGAAAUACGACCCAACCCCAUUACAUUCCAGUCACUUUUCAGUUUGCCAUUAUGCUGUACAGUAAUGGAAACUUGUUGAGCACAUGUAGUCUACAUUUCACCUGCCAUUUACACUUCCUGUUCUCAACUCAGUCAUUCCUGUUCUGCCAUGUUCACCCAGUUACUGUUGCUUCGGCAACCAUAUUUUAAUGUAUAAUGUUGUUUUCAGUUACUCUUUUUUCCAGCAAACAUGAACUUCAUUUGGACUUGAAAAUUAUGUAUGUGUUUGUGAUGUCACUGCAGUUGAUUUGCAACCAUAUUUAAUCAUAUUUUUGUAAAUAAAUUUAAAAAAGUG